CGGCUAGGCCUCGGGCCGGCGGGCCCCGGCGGCGGCCGCGCCCUCUCCCCCGCACCCCGGGCCUCCUCUCGCCUUCUGGGGUCCCCGGAGGCCUCCGGGCCGGAUAGCGGCGGGGCAGGGCCGAAUCCGGCUGCUGGCCGGAGGCUCCCCCACGGGGCUGCAGGCCCGGGCUGCCGGGACAGGGGCGUCAGGGCCUAUAGGUGUGGGGAAUUGGCGCACCUCCCCAGGUCUUUCGCAAACGCCCCCCGCAUUUCGACAAUCUGCUUCAUCUUGAUUCUGCAGCAUUCCGAACUGUGGUAUCCUUGGGGUUCUCUUAACAUUGCUAUGGUGCAGAAGAUUUAAAAUCAGCUGAUGUUCACAAGGAAUAGAGUCACGUGAUGUUUGAAGGGAAACAUAUACACUUCUCUGAGGUUGACAAUAAGCCCUUGUGCUCAUAUAGCCCCAAACUGUGCAAGCAGCGGCGACUCAACGGCUACGCCUUCUGUAUCAGACACGUUCUGGAGGACAAGACUGCCCCCUUCAAGCAAUGUGAAUAUGUGGCCAAGUAUAACAGCCAACGCUGCACCAACCCCAUCCCCAAAUCUGAGGAUCGCAGGUACUGCAACAGCCACUUGCAGGUACUUGGCUUUAUCCCGAAAAAAGAGAGGAAGAAAAAGAAUGAUCCUAUAGAUGAGGUAAAGGUCAGGCACCAGAUGGAUACCAUGGCCUUUAGCCUGACAGUGCCCACGCUGCCCUUGAAGAUGCCCAAUGGACUGGAUGGAAUGUCCCUCUCUCCACCAGGGGCAAGGGUCCCUCUCCACUAUCUGGAAACUGAGUUGGAAGACCCAUUUGCUUUCAACGAGGAAGAUGAUGACCUAAAGAAAGGGGCAACUGUGAGAAAGAAGUUGCAGAGUAAGUUGGCCCAAAAUCGGCAGCGCCAGAGAGAGACAGAAAUUUUAAAAGUUCGACAAGAGCACUUUAGUCCCCCUCCUGCACCUUCACAGCAGCCGCCUCCGCAGCAGCACUCCCACGUGCCACCUUUGUCCACUUCUUUAAAACCUCCAGCGCCACCGCAGGGUUUAGUCUGCAAGUCACCUCAACCUCAGAACACCAGCCUACCAAUGCAGGGAGUGGCACCCACCACACACACUAUAGCACAAGCAAGGCAGUUGUCUCACAAGAGGCCUCUGCCCCUCCUGCCAUCCAGCAGGGCCCCUGCUGUCGACCCACCCAGGACCAACCGGGUCCUCAUGAAAGCUACAACCUUCUCACCACACUUCUCUUGUAUAAGCCGGCUGCAGAGACUGGUGAAACUGUGCACCCAGAAGCAUCAGUUGAACACUGAUCUGUUUCCCCAUUUAGGGUUGGACUGGUCUGAAGAGAGUGGAGAGGAAUUGGAGGACUCAGAGCAGGCCUCACCAUACCAGGUUGCAUGGUCCAUCCGAGAAACCCUCAGAUAUGAAAGACACAUGUCUGAUGACGAUGAUACGGAGAGUAGGAGCUCCAGGGUGACCCAACUUUGCACUUACUUUCAGCAGAAAUAUAAGCACCUCUGCCGCCUGGAGCGGGCAGAAUCUCGUCAAAAGAAAUGCCGGCAUACGUUUAGGAAAGCCUUGCUGCAGGCGGCCAGUCGAGAACCAGAAUGCACUGGUCAGUUAAUACAAGAACUGCGGAGAGCUGCAUGCAGUCGGACAAGCAUGAGCCGGACCAAGUUGAGGGAGGUGGAGUCAGCAGCAUGUAGCGGAACUGUGAAGGACGAACACUGCAGCAACAAAGCCCUUCCGUUCACCAGACACUGUUUCCAGCAUAUCCUCUUGAACCGCUCUCAGCAGCUCUUCUCGAGUUGCACGGCCAAGUUUGCAGAUGGACAGCAGUGCUCUGUGCCAGUUUUUGACAUUACACACCAGACACCUCUGUGUGAAGAACAUGCCAAAAAAAUGGAUAAUUUCUUGAGAGGAGAUAGCUCCCGUAAAGUUCAGCACCAGCAGCAGAGGAAACCCAGGAAAAAAACCAAGCCUCCUGCACUUACCAAAAAACACAAGAAGAAGAGAAGGCGUGGACCUCGUCGACCCCAAAAACCCAUUCCCCCUGCAGUGCCCCAAGGGAACCUCAGCAUGCCCACCAGCGUCUCACUGCCAGUGGAGAGCUCCCAGAUCCGGAGCCCAUCCACGCCAGAGCUGAGUGCUGAUGAGUUGCCAGAUGACAUUGCCAAUGAGAUCACUGACAUUCCACAUGACUUGGAAUUGAACCAAGAGGACUUUUCAGAUGUCCUACCCCGGCUACCUGAUGACUUACAAGAUUUUGAUUUUUUUGAAGGAAAGAAUGGAGACCUCCUCCCGACCACUGAAGAGGCCGAGGAACUUGAACGGGCCUUGCAGGCUGUAACUUCUCUCGAGUGCCUGAGUACCAUUGGGGUGCUUACCCAGUCAGAUGGUGUGCCAGUCCAGGAUUUGUCAGAGAGAGGAAUAGGGGUAUUCUCCACAGGUACUGGAGCUUCAGGAAUUCAGUCCCUGAGCCGAGAAGUAAACACGGACCUAGGGGAGCUAUUGAAUGGGCGUAUAGUACAUGAUAAUUUUUCGAGUCUAGAGCUGGACGAGAAUCUGCUCCAUUCUGCUACCUUGUCUAACCCACCUACACCCCUGGCAGGGCAGAUCCAGGGGCAGUUCUCUGCCCCAGCCAACGUUGGCCUUACUUCUGCCACUCUGAUCAGCCAGAGUGCACUUGGGGAGAGAGCCUUCCCAGGACAGUUUCAUGGACUUCAUGAUGGCAGCCAUGCCUCCCAGAGGCCACAUCCUGCCCAGCUGCUGAGCAAGGCAGAUGACCUAAUCACCUCACGACAGCAAUACAGCAGUGAUCCUUCACACUCCUCGCCCCAAGGAAGCCAUUAUGAUAGUGAGCACGUGCCGUCUCCCUACAGUGACCAUAUCACCUCUCCCCACACAACAUCUUACUCUGGUGAUAAUAUGGCAGCUACCUUUUCAGCAGAGAUGCCCAUCAUGGCGCAGCACUUGCUCCCAACCCAACUUGAGGUGCCACUUGGAGGAGUGGUAAACCCCAGAACUCACUGGGGUAAUCUCCCUGUCAACCUUGGGGAUCCUUCUCCAUUUAGCAACCUUCUUGGAGCAGAUGGACAUCUUCUCUCCACUUCCCUGUCCACGCCACCCACCACCUCGAACUCAGAGACCACACAGCCUGCCUUCGCCACCGUGACCCCCAGCAGCUCCAGUGUGCUUCCGGGGUUGCCGCAGACCAGCUUCAGUGGCAUGGGGCCUUCUGCUGAACUAAUGGCCUCCACCUCUCCCAAGCAGCAACUCCCUCAGUUCAGCGCAGCCUUUGGCCACCAGCUGAGUUCUCACAGUGGCAUUCCUAAGGACCUGCAGCCCAGCCACAGCUCUAUAGCCCCUCCUACAGGCUUCACAGUAACAGGUGCCACAGCUACAAGUACCAAUAAUGCAUCUUCUCCCUUUACCUCCCCUAACUGAGCGUGUCUGUGUGUCUGCAGGCAGGUGGGGAACCCGUUUUCUAUCUUUGUUUCCUCUUUAAUACCCCUCACCCCUUUUCCUAAAGGAGAUUUUAAAAAUAACAGAAGGGGACUAGAGGGGAACCCACUUUUCCAGUUAAACAAGUUCCCUGCAGUGGACCUUGCUUCAGUGCUCACAUGUGCUCCUUUGCACUGGUGCUCAUUCCCUCCUGGCAGGUUCACUCUAUCCCAGUGGUUUCCUUAGUGCUUCAGCACAGUGACUGGAUAGAAUUGAUUUUUUAGCAGUGAGUCUAGAAGUGGAAGAUACCUCAGAUUACCAGUGCCCUUUACUAUUUCCUAGUAUUCAAAUCAGUGCUUUCCAUUUGAUUGCCAGGUUUUUAAAUAGGUGGUUCUAGAUAGAAUGAUCCUAUUGAGUUCCUGUGUAAGAAAGCAAGUGGUGUGUAGAGAGAGAUCAAGGCUCUGACUUAGCACCAACUGCUAAACACCACAGUGAGGCCAGGAUUCCUAUUGUGAUCAUGUUUAACUGAAAAGAAAAAAGGUAGUCUUUUGACUGCCUGUGUGUAUGUGUGCUCCCAUGCCUGUGUUUUUGUGCAGGACAGGAAGCAGCUGUUCCAUUGUUGUUGUUUUUUUUUCCUAGCGAAUUUGAGGCUCCUACUUCUCUUCCUUCCCACAUCUUACAGCCUUAAUAAGGUUGAUCACCCCUUCCCAUUGAUUUAUCUAAAGUUUCCUAAAUAGAGAGUGGUGGUCUGGUUGCGUGAAUACCACAACCCUUUUCUGCCAAGGAGAAAUGGAACCCAAAAGCUGAAUUCAUGUCAGUGACAUGGGGAUGUCAUGAAAAGCUUGCCUGGAGCAACUAAGCAAGGUUGCUGAGAUUAUUCUGAGGACCGUGGUCAUGUUGCCUUUUCAGACAUGUGUUUGUUUCUAAAUCCCUCUCGUGGAAAAUAUUUGCAAGGUGUAAUUAAAGAAAACAUUUUGACAUGAAAAUCAGGAUAGGUCAGAUAGAUUUGGAAAAAUGGGAUCUGUGAACUCCUUGAUCCAUCUUUUGCUUUUGAAUUCUUCAUGUUUACAGUAGUGAUUCUUUGCUAAGAUUUGUAAAAUGUGGAAGGCACUUGGAGAAGCAAUGUACCAGUUGUGAAGUGAUGUGUAAUAUCUGAAGGAUACACAUUUUUAAAGAUUUUUUCAAAGCAGAAUAUGGAAAUCAACGUAAAUUUUACCCACCCUUUGGUACUUUUAAAAUAAUUUAAGUAUUUAGGUUUAAGUAAAUUUGGAAAUAGUUUAGGGGACGAGUACCAGGAUUUUAAGAUUAAAAGUCAUAUUGGGUAAUUGGUUAUUAUGAAAUGAAUAUGUGAGGUUUCUUCUUGCCUGCUUUUUUUUUUUUUUUUUAAAUCCCAGAGAAGGGAGUUACUAGAUUUUAAAGGCAUCUGUACUCUGCUUUUGCUGAGAAGUUUCACUGUCCCUUGAGAUGCCAUCAGCUAUUUAUACCUGAGUCUGGUCUAAUUUACAUAUGUAUAUUUUAAAAGACUAGUAGAGAGAACAUAUCUAUUAAUGAUAUCGUACAGUAAUUCAUUUGUCAGGGAAUGUUUAAGCUUAAUUCCUUUCUAACAGGUAAAGAUUUGUGUGUAUUUUCCUAUUCCCUAUAUGUAUUCUCCUUAUGCCAUGCUAGUUCUAACCUCUCCCUUCUUUUGAAAGCUUUUCUUUCUUUGCUUUUUCAAGGAAUGAUGGUGAUCAGCAGGCAUUAUGCAGAUACCUCAUGCCUGAGAUUAUAGAGGGGGAAUAUCACAUGACUAUAUGAGUUCAUUAUAUGCCCUAUUUUGUAUUUAUUGAAAAUUUUUUGUGGGCCAAAAAAAUGUUUGUAAUAUAUUUAGGUUUUUUUUUAAUCAUGAAAAUGAUUGGAAGAUUUAUUUUUUAAUAGCUUUGUCUUUUUUGCAGAUUGAGAAAUUUCUAAAUUAUAAAUGAUGUCACAAAGCAAAAUUAUAUUUGGUAUCACCAUAAAUUUCUAUCCUGAAUGGUGAGAACAGGUAAUUUGACUACUCCUCACCUGUGAACCUUAUGGUAGUAAGCUUUUUUCUUUUAAUGUACUGUAAUGGAAUGAUUACGAGCAGUUAUCUCUGCUUAAAAGUGUCAUUUAGCUUGCUAAACUAUUUUCAGAUCCCAUUAUGGUCAUCGCUAGACAACUGUCCAUCCCCAAUGAUUUGGUUUAGUCUCCAUUGUGCACUAAUUAAAGGUUGUAGCAGAGCAGCACAGUGACUUCCUUAUCAGCCCUUAUUUGACAGCAAAGGGAAAGUCAUGGGCAGUAGAUUUGACUUUGUCUGUCUAUUGUCCUUCAUGUUAGCUGCUUAAAAUUCUUCAGUUAUCAAAACUGAGUUUGCGGUAAGUUGCACAUUUUGUUGUUUGCAGUUUUCUGUUUUACGUGCAUUUAAAAGCCCUUCUCUGCUUUCUAGUAAGGAGGCAUGAAAUGAUCAGGAAUGUUGCCAGUUACAGCUUUACACCAAAAACUUUGAGGAAAUUCAUUUUUGUUUAGAUGCCCACAGUGAUAACUUGAGGAAAGGGCACCCCUAGAAGGUAGCAGUGUAGGGUUGAGAAAUUAGCAAAACAACUUUUCCUCUCAUUUCAUCUACUUCAAAAUGAAUAUCUAAGCUUGUAAUUUGCUUUGCUCUUGCCUUUUGUUGUGAGUCCCUUUUUGAAGAGAAAAGAACACCUAUUAGCCCAAAUAUAUCUGUUAUGCUUUUUUUCUACCUAAUGGAGCCAUUCUAGUCUAGUGGUCUAGUCUUAGGUUUGCUAUGAACAUGUAAAGAGAGGAAUGAAGUAUCUUUUAUUCCAAAAUAUAAAAAGUAGCGCCUUUUAAAACAGCACUUAUGCUAUCAUAAGGCAAUGCUGGAAUCAGAAACAAAUCUUAUCUAAGCAAUAUGGUCCUAAUUAGGUGGAAACUAGCUUUUAUUCGAGUGUUAAACACAUGGGAAAUAGUAGCAAAGAAGAUUCACUCUGUUUCUGCAGUUCUUUGGGACCAUUUAUAAAGGCCAGUUAGAUUCUGUUCAUGUGAUUUAAUUUACAGAGUUGCUGCAGUAAAUGGAUACAUUCUGUGCUCUGAGAAUCUGAAUUCCAUUCUAAAUAUAUGAUAGUCACUGGCAGUGAUCUAUAGCAACUGAAGAAAAUAUGUUUUCUCUCCUUUACUCUCUCCACAUAAUUGUUAAUAUUAUUUUUAAAUACUUGAGACAUUGUAUUUUCCUCUAUAAAAAUAAUUUAGCAAUUUACACAUCUGGGUAGGUUAUGUAAUAGUAAACAAUUCAUAAUAGUAGAUAGCAAUUACACUUAACCCAAAUGACAGACUAUGCAAUGCGAAGAUUUUCUAAUUUUUGUUGUAUAGUUUAUCUGAUGAAGGAUUAUUUUCUCCAGUAACCUACUAUGUGUGAUGUAACUACUUUGUAAGUGACUUCUUGAGCAGUUUCAUGUUGCAGACUGUAUGGCAUGUCUCUUGUCCCUCCAGAAGAAGAUUAUAAUUUAAGAGAAACAAGGAGUAGAUAUGGAGACAAUGGUUUUGUUUCUUUUUUUUUUUUCCUUAAAAUUGGUGUUACCCUCUUCAGUGGCUUAAGCCUAAAGAAAGCUAAGACUUUAUUUUUGCCAAAUAAUUAUUUAUAAGAUUUAUUUCUUAAAUAGCUGAUUAGAUAUUUAAAAGCCCAACCUCACAACUAAAAGUGAAGAGUAAUCUUUUUUUGUGACUAACACUAAAGCUUUUCCUUCUCAGAGCUCAUUUUCAAUCCAUAAUCUUGACCCACAGAGGCAAAGACAGACAGUUCUUUGAUUAGGAGAGAAAUGAUAGCCUUGAUAUACACAGGCUAUCUGGUCAAUUUUUUCACCCAUAGAAGAAUUUAUAUUUCUGUUGACUCGCACCGUUCAGUCUCUUUAUAAAUUGGCACUAGAGUUUGAGCAUAUAUAGGUAAAUACCAUACUGUUAGCGCUGAUGCUCGGCCUGAAGUCCUCCCUGCACCCUUGAGCGUAUGCAGGUGGUGGUGAUUUUUGGUAGGUGUCGUCAGGAAGGUUCAUGGGAAGCAAAAGGUUGUUGUGGACUGAUAUUGCAAAAAGGUGGGGAUAUUAAUAACACUAAUCAUUCAAUCUAUUGAAAUUCAUUUAAAUUUUUAGAUGUCUACCUUUCAGUUUUUCCAUCAUUUUCCUCGUGAGUGUUCUUUUAAAAUUCUAUUAAAAAUUCUUAAUCCAGUGUAUAUAGAAUAUUCCAUAAUAGUGCUUUUCUAAAUGGUCAACAGAACUCUGCAGUUUGAUGAGGCAAUUUAAAGGAUUCCUUGAAAGAAAAUAGAGUCAUACUGAACAGUCUUCAUUUAUGUCUGUUCUAUCACCAACACCUAUAUUCUCCAAGGACUUUGUCCUGAACAAGAAAUAUAUUUGGGGGGAGAAUGUAGACUUUUUCUCUCACUAAAUUGGAAGUAAUUGAACUUUCACUGUCAUUCUAUAGAAAGUAAAACGGUUUCAUGGUUUCUGGAGGGAGCCAAAAUCCACGUUUAAUAGAUUAAAGUAGCAUUUUUAAGUACUGUCUUUGAAAAGAUUUGUAACGAAAUACCAAUGAAGAACAUAUUUGGUGUCUGUUAAGCGUCUUCCCCGAUCAGUGAGUUAGGAAAAAAAGAUUAAACUAGAUGCAUAGUUAUGUAGUUACCAGUACCAUUAAUGCUAAAAUUGUGGGUCAAACUUAGGGAGCCUUCUUUCAAAACAGCAAAAAGCUUUUUUCACUCCAGCUCCUAUUUGUUGUUAGUUUUCCUCUCUGCACUGUGAUACAGAACUAAUAAAAGAAAAUAUGGCAAUUCAAAGAGAACAAGCAAAUUUGGUAUGACUUUCUUUCCCCUAGUUUGCCUAGUAUCGGGAAUGUUUGGCUAGUUUGAGCGGCAAAGUUUUUGGUGAUCUAAAAUUUAGACUGAAAAACAAUCUUAUGAGAGAAAAACUUAUCUAACUCUUAGUAAGUGCUGUAGGGCAGCACAGCUUUCUUUCUUCGCUUCUUCCCGCUUGCUGUGCCACCCCCAGUACUGUGCAUACACACGCAUGAUCUAUACUGAUCCUGACCUGAGAGUAAUAGAAUCCUCUUCUUUCACGUUUUUUUUGUUUUUUGUUUUUUAAGCUGGGGACCACUGAAGUAAGCUCUAUAUGCCCCCAAAGUUCCCCUUGGAAAAAAUUUUCAACAUGCAGCGCAGAAGGCUCCAAUGCAGCUAAAUGCCACACCAUUGCUUUUACUUGGGGAGUAGACUGAUUUGCUUUGAAAUGACUCCAACCUGCAUCGUUAAGGUAUAGUUGGUUCCAAUGAAUUAGUGCUGAAAUGAUGGAAAGUUUGAUACUUGUUGACAUUAUCUGUUUGGAAAGGUUGAAUCAGUUCCUCUCAACAGUGAUAAUCCUUUUCACUGUAUAGUAUUGAGUAUGUCUCAGGGAUUCCUUGUGGAAAUUAAGGCAGUUUUUAAAAAAGAAAAUAGUUUUAAAAGAAACUAAAGGUGACUCAUCAUUGAAGAGAGCGCAAGAAAGAGAAAACCUUUGAUUUCAUAGUCCACAGUGUCUUGCUUAGGACUUUUUUUUCUGUCUCCUUCAGGCUCUCAUCUCAGCUUCAGCAUACAGAAUCCUUUCCCAUCAUGCACAGCUUUAAAACUCUUAUUUAAAAUUUUCCUUCCCCAAUGAGCUUUCAGAAUACUUAUUGUAGAUUUUAAGAGAAAAAAAGGUAUAUUAAUUUAUGCUAUUAACAUCACCUCAUAAAUUAUAAGUUUUAUACUAAAGCUGUAUUGAGUGUAAUGAAUUAUGUUGCCUAUGUGUUUAAUAGCUAAAAAAUUAUAUAUGAGCUUUUUUUUUUUUUUUUUUUUUUUUUGGACAUAAACUAGUGAAGCACCUUUUUACACUGGAUCUCAGCCGUGUCAAGGUGUAUAGCUAUCCUUUGCUACCUUGCAGAUAUAUAAAAUAAAAUGACAUCCUGGGGCCUCAAAAUGGAGAACACCUUUAGACCAUUUGUUACUACUCAUAGAACUGUUGAGAAUCAUGUUCUUUGGUAAAUGAUCGAUCUGUGGUUUACACUUAAGAUGGCUAGAAGCUUAGUUACAGGGUAAAUAGAAAUACAUAGAUCAAGUAAAUCUCCAACUACUGUAGCUGGAAUUUGUAAACUUAAGUUUUUAAGACCUCUUUUAUUUCCUAUGGAUUUAUUCUCUUAUUUACAGUUUAUUCUGUAAGUUAAGAAGUAAAAUAGAAAGAAAAUAAUAAAUCUAGAUGUUCUCAGCGUCUUUUUCAGGAACUUUUUAUCCCUCCUCACUAAGGAAUUCCCACUGUGACUUAAAAGUAGAAUUAACUAACUUGUGUGCAUGUGUAUGUCUGUGUUUUUACACACAUGCAAAAAUAUACAUUGGGGGCACGUGUGUGAGAGAUAUGAAAGUGUGUUUAGGUAAAAAUAGAAAAAGGUAACAAUGUAUUGUAGAAAUAUGAUUUCUUUAGUUGAGAGUAUUAGAGUUACUUUCUCAGUGUCUCUUGUAUAAAUACAACAAAUUUUUCAUUAUGUUCUCUUAUGUUAAAAGGCUAGCUCUGAUAUCAUGUAAAUUUCAUUUUAACCUUUGAUUAACUUAUAUUAUGCUAUGUUUUUAAAAUGGCAUGAGUAAGACCAGACUCUUGCUUUUGAGCUUAAAAAUAUGAGAGAACGAGAAAGAGAGAGAAACAGAUAUGAGCUGUUUUUAUCUGCUGGGGGUGGUGGGACCAGAGAUCUGUUGAACCUCUUUUAUGUUAAUAGAUUUCUUCAUACUCUUGAGUUAGAAAAUAUUGUUGAUCAUCUUUUCUUGGUGAAUUUAAGAAAAAUAAUAGGUUUUUAAUUUUAUAAAGAAUGCCAUUUUUUGAAGGGACUGCUUUGUUUAAAGAGUUGGUGGGAUCACUUCACUGUGCAUAUUUAAAAAGUGGGCGAUUUCAUUUUUUUCCAUAAAAAAUUUUUUUAAUCACUUAGUUGUACUAUUAUGUAUGGAGUUAGAGUGCUCCUCCCCCACAUUUUGGUUAUAAGAAUAAUUGUGCUAUCUGGCUUUUACCUUAAUCAUAUGGAUUUUUAAAAAAAUACAUUCCUUUAUUUUGAGUUUUAAGUUGCCAUUUUUCUGUACUUUCAUUACUGAAGCAUCCAGUGGUCUAAAAUAGACAAAACUAAAGUUGUUAUUAAAUGCUCCAAUCACAUUUAUUUUUAAUAUAAAAAUCAUGUACUUUGAAAUAUGUCAAAACAACUGAUAAUACACAUGAAUUUGUAGUCAUCUUUGAAACCUCAUUUACAUCAAGGUUAAGUAUAACUAUACGUCACCUUAAGUAUAGUCAAGACCUGGGAAAACUUUAUAUGUUCUUUUUUAUAAUUGUACUUUUGCAGCAUCUCCCAGUUUCAUUCACUCUUGUCUUGUGGAUUAAAAAAAAAAAAAUCUGCAUAUUUCUUGUACAUAUGCAUGCAAAUGAAAGAAGGGAGUUUGUAUUGGUGCCAUUUCUCCCUUUAGUUUCUGGUUAAUGGGAUUUGCUAGAAUAAAUUCCCCCUGAUUGAAGGGUGAAAAUUGACCCUUUUAUGUAUAUCUGUACAGAGAUGUGUAUAUGGAAUGUGGUGGCACUUUGCUGAAUGUGAACUUGCCUUGUCAAUGGAAAGAUUGAAAAGUAUUAUGUUUAUUUAUACAUUUGUAUAAAUCUAUAUAUACACGUAUGUAUAUGUGUGUGUAUAGAUAAAGCUAUAUACAUAUAUUUCCCUAAAAAAUGUGUGUGUAUAAUAGAUAAACAGCCUUUGUUAAACAAGAUUAUAUGUCUAUGGAAAAUUCUAGAUUGUUCUUGAAGCCAGAGAAGUGAAGAUCUAGAGCACUUCAUCAGAGCACACUGAGAUGGGAAUCCUUGGAAUAUAGUCUUGUUUAUGGUUAUAUUAUGAGUGAAUACCUGUCAGAACUAUUCUUACUUGCCAUUUCCACUAUUCUUUUUCAUCUUCACUAUCUUCUACUGGUCAGUCUCUCAUCAUUUAAAAACCUCAUUUCCUCGUGCUCGCUCUUUCCCCUUAAUUCUGUCCUUUCUGACCCAGAAGCAUUUAGCUUAAGCAUAUUCUUUCAACAAGUCAGUUGUUAAGAUCUUUUUCUCUCAAAUUCCCCCGAGGAUAUAAGUUUUGGUUGUAUUUUCAAUAUUAAAUUUGAGAAUUGGGCAUUCAUCUUUGUCUUAAAAAAAAUCAAAAACAAAAACCCACAAUGGCAAAAAGCUAAUAUUCAAACAAAACUAAUUUGAAAAUUUUUACCUAGGAUCAUUUUAGGACAUUUUGCUUAGAUUGAAAAAGAAACAUAAUUAUGAUUUUAUGACUGGUAUUAGUGCUAGGUCUAUGUCCUAAUUUAUUGUCAUUUUGAAUUUUUGUGGUUUAGUCAUAAAUUUACCAUUUUCAUUUUAAUGGAAGGCCUGUAAAGUCACAUGUAAGCCUCUUGAAUUCUGUAACCAAAUUGUUUUAUUCAUGAUGAAACUGUUUCAAUGAAUUCUUCUGUAAUGAAUAUUGCUGUUUCCUUUUUGAGUUUUCUCACAGUUACAGCAUUUUGUUUUUAACUUUGCUGCGGCUCUCUAGAAAACGUGCAUCCCUAUAUAUUGUGCCUUUAAAGCUCUUAUGCACACACAGACUAAAGUGUAUAUAUACAUGUUGGAGCAUGUGUACAUAUGCUUUCAUAUAUGCUCACACAGUAUGUCUCUAGUAUAUAUUGUGAGAGUGGAUAUAUAGAUAUUCCAAGGCAAUGAAAUGUUGCUCUCUAGAUAUAUAUGUAUAUAAAUAGUGUUGAUAUCCUGUAUAUACACAUGUAUAUGUAUGAGUUUUAAAUGGCAAUCUUUUACAUUUAGCAAAAUGCUACCCCUACUGGAAUAUUGUCACUGCAAUGGCAGUUGUAUGUAAUGAUUUUAAAUACAUUAUCAAAAAUUAUUUAAAGAACAUUUAAAAGUCUCAUCUAAAGACAUCCAUACAUUAUUUAUUUAUCUUCCUUUUCCUUUUAUCGUUGUGUUUUUUAACUGAAAGGGAGACUGCCAUCUGUAAUUGAAAAAAAAAAUGUCAUCUGUCCCCAUGGGAGUAAGAAAGAGCAGGAGACUAUUGAAGAACAUUGUGCAUAUUUCCUCUCUCUGAAAUGUAGAUGUACCACAAACCAGCCUGUUUAUUUCGGUUAUAAGGCCAUUGUAAUAUUUCUAUUAGUGUAUGUCAUCAAACAUCUCCUUGAUCAACUUAGUUCACCAAUUUGCCUCUUCUUUUCUCUAAUAAAUAAUGAUCAUUGAGGUCAUUUUGACUGGGGGAAGUUAACUACUCUCUCUUGCUGCAGGGAAAUUUAUCACCUAAUUGUUAUUCUGUCUUGUCCAAAAUUCAUCUUUGAGAGAGGGCAGGUUCCUUAUGAAGCUGUCUUAUGCAUGUUCUGCAUUUAUUUAGUUAAAAGACUUCACCAAACUUUUUUUUUUUAAAACUCUUGAGUCUGCAUGUGUUUGAUGUAGUUUUAAUUCUUAUUCCCCACAGCUUCAAGUAUUUUUCAUUAGUAUAUCCAUUUGACAUACUGAAUGCAAGAAUAUUAAGAAAAAAUGCCAAUGAUGAAUUGGCAGCAGAUUACAUCUCAAGACCUCAUAUAGAGAGGAAGGUAGAUGGACAAUCCUAAAUUGUAAAAUCUUACAAAAAACUACUAGUAGAGUACGAGGACCUCUGAAGACUAGAGAGGUUGGGGGCUGAAUGAUUUUACAGAGCAGCUUAACUGGAACUUGAUAUCAGAAGCAGCCUUUAACAAAAAACCUUUGGCAAUUGUAUGGUACUAACUAGAGUGCUGAAGUGUAAGUUGAAACCAAGUUGCAGUGGGAAAUCAAAGGUGAGGUAGCUUAUUUUAAACCAAUAAAUGACAGGUUGCAGAGUUUUAAAAUCUCUUGUAACAAAGUAACUGCACGGUAGCAAGGACUAGCAGUCCUCAAAUCCUUUUUCAGUGUCCUCAUUCACCUUGGCACACAAGUAUUUUUAACAGGCCAUACAUUAAAAAUAUUUACAGGAAAAAAAAGCUGCUUAAAGGGAACUUACAAACUGAGAUUCUUCUCUAUUUAUGUAAUAGCGGCUGGAAGCAUAGUUAAAUGCACAAACUCUAGGAGCUACUUGUUCUGUACAGUCUGUAGGAGCAAGAUGAGGAGAUGGGCAGAUUUUGGUAAGAGCCUCCAGUUCUGGCGGAAAGGCACAUCUACGGCAUCAGGUUCAGUGUUGCUGGGGGAGAUCACAUUUUAGGAGAUGAUGGCCUUUUAGUUUGUAAUUUCCCUUUAAACAAAAAGAGGUGACUCACAUUUUUCACAUAUAUCUCAAUGAAUGUACUGUAUUACUGUUUUAAAAAUUUGAUGAAAUAAUAAUGGAUUGGUCUCCUUUUGUUAUCUGGUCCUUGUUUAAUUUGUUUAAGGGUUUUUGUAUACAAAAGUUUACAUUUUUAUGUAUAUUUUUCUUGUGUAAAAACUGAUGUAAUAUGUGUAUAAAAACACUGUAUGUAUUAUCUGUAUAUAGUGUGACAAAAUGAUUUUUUCUUUCUUUUGGAUGUAUUAAUAA